GAUUAGCAGGCUCAUCUUUCCUUCUCUCCAUCGCCGCACCAACUGUGGGUCAUUACCUCCUGCAAAAACAAAGCGGCAGUGAACGUCGAUUCUACCGAUUUGUCAUGGCGAACAUGCCAUGUCUUUUCCUCAUUUUGGAUCGCUUAAUGGGGUUCCAUAUUGCACGUGUCGGACGAUUACACAAAUGGUUAUGGAGAAAGCGUGAGCUGAAAAUAUCCAAAGAGUCCCCUAAUGCCGACUCGGUCGAGGUUCCGACCAGUCCGACAAACGUUUUGCCUUAUGAAGCAACUGAUCUGAUCGAUUCACCUCGCCUAUAA